UGCCGAUCAAUUGUACCAGAGAGUAAAGUACGCAUAAUGUAAACUAUGAGAAAAGUCUGUACGAAGUAUGUUUUGACAGAAGAGUUGUGACAAGUCGUGUCCCCUCAAGUGUGAUAAUGUAUUAAUUUCGUUACUUUUCCGAAAAAGUAUGUUUAUCUUCACAAUAAAUAGAUUUAGGUCUAUUCCCCCAUAAUCAUGUGGAGUGACACAAGCCCAAAUUUUUCCCUCAAUGUAUGCCGUUUGUGUGCUAAUAUAAGUGAUGUUGUGAUUCCGAUAUUUGGAAAAGAUGGAGAAAAAGACAGACUUGACUUGAAAAUAAAGAAAUGCCUUCCCAUUACCGUACGAGAGGAAGAUUUCAAACCAAAGCAAGUAUGCUUUAAUUGUGUGUCAAAAUUGGAAGUUUCUGCAGAGUUGAUAGACAUGUGUCUUGCUUCGGAAUUCAAGUUUGAUUCUGUCUUGCAAUCUAGAUAUCCUGGGCUGAAGACAGUUGAUGCAGGACAGAAUACCAUUGAGCAGCAGCAGCAACAACAACAACAACAACAACAACAACAACAGCAGCAGCAGCAUCAACAACAGCAGCAUCAUCAACAACAACAACAACAACAACAGCAGCAACAGCAGCAGCAACAACAACAACAACAACAACAACAACAACAGCAGCAGCAGCAGCAACAACAGCAACAACAGCAGCAGCAGCAGCAACAACAAGAGGCAAAAGGAACUCAGAUGGGUGAACAAACUCUAGGAGUUGUUCCAUUGAUGCAGCAGACUUCAAAGCAGGCAGAAAUAACUCCCAAUAACACACUCACUGUGUCACAUGAAGGUGGUGUGAUUGUUUUAAGCAAGGUUGACACUGACCUCAACAAUCAACAAAGAGAAGAAUGUCAAGACAUUCUUCUUAUGGUAGAACUGAAGUACAAUAAAGAUUUGCCUGAUUCUCAGCAGGCAACCAUAGCGAAGGCUCAUACAAUUACUUAUACAGUUGAGCCUCAAGAUGGUUCUCUUACUAAACUUGGCAGUCAACCAUAUGCUGUGGAAGCCAACAAAACUCAUGCUAUAAGCUUUCCUGCCACUGUACCAACUGACACAAAGACCCCUACUUUGGCUUACACUGUCGAACAGCCACCUAUUGAUGGAGCCAAAACAUACACUCUUGCAUAUUCAGCAGAUCCUCAAGGUCCAGUUGUGGCGAAAACUAGUGCAAUAACUUAUGCAAGUGAACCUCAACCUAUAGUAGUUUCAAAAACAUUUACUUAUUCUCCUGAUCAACAAGAUAGUUCCUUGGCCAACAAGACUCAACAAUUAACAUAUUCAUCUGAUCCAAACAAUGUGGAUUCAGAUAAAACCCAUACUCUUGUGUUCACCGAUGCUCAGCCAAUUGCUUUGACAAAAGAUCCAAUAACAUUUAGUGCAGAGAAUGUGCAACCAGUGGCAUUAAUUAAGCCAAAUGUAUUGAACUAUGCUCCUGACCAUGAAAGUGAUGAAUCAGGGAAAGAUGAGGAUGUCUUUAUAACAGACAGGCCUGAACAUAACUGUCAUAAGCCCAAUAAUCUUUCUGAUGUUGGUGAGUGUUUGCAAGUUCAAGAUAAAUCAACAAAAAUAUUGAAUUUUGCAGAUCCAGAAAUUGUUCUGGAUGAAAAUGUGCCCCAAGAGACUUUGUUGUUGGGUCCACCAGAGGAUGCUGAGAACCAGUAUAAGGAAACCAGCAGUGGCGAAGUGACUUCAAGUUCAAAGAGGGAGAAACCGUUUCCAUGCAGUGUCUGUGGAAAAUCCUUCAUGAGACGGACCAACCUCAAUGUCCACAUGGCUGUGCAUACUCAAAUUCGACCUCAUCAGUGUGAUCAGUGUGGAAAGCGGUUUGUGCUGAAAUGGGAUCUCACAUUGCAUCAGCGCAUACAUACUGGGUUGUUCUCUUGCGAGUACUGCAACAAGGCAUUCAGUGUGCGGGGAAAACUUGAGCGCCACAGGCGCACACACACAGGUGAACGACCCUAUCCGUGCCCAACAUGUGGCAAGGCCUUUGGCGAUAAGCGCAACUUGGAGUCGCACGUCCGCACUCACUCGGGGGAGCGUCCUUUUGUGUGUCUGAUCUGCAACCGCAGCUUUCGUGUGCGCUCCCACCUCACAGACCAUCGUCGUGUGCACUCACAGGACACACCGUAUACCUGUGACACAUGCGGAAAGUCUUUUAAAUGGAAAACCAACCUCAACAUCCAUCUGAAGGUACACAGUGGGGAGAGAUUUCCCUGUGAGGAGUGUGGACGUGAGUUUGGGCGCAGGGCGGACCUUAUUAAGCACCAGCGCUCGCACACAGGCGAUCGGCCACACGCCUGCGGCAUAUGCACCAAGAGCUACAGCGACAAGGCCAUGCUUCAGAAGCACCUCAAGUCUCACAGUGACCACAAGCCCUACUCUUGUGAUGUGUGUGGCAAGAGCUUUCACUUCCACUGGUAUUUGAACACGCACAAGAAGAUCCACUGUGAGGACAAGUCCUUCCCGUGCCAGCUGUGUGGCAAAGUCUUUAACAAGCGGGGCAACCUGGUCUACCACAUGAAGGCGACACACCAUGCCCAAGAACAGAAGCAGCCUCAGUCGCAAGCGCAGCUACACAGUCUGCACCAGGAGGAAGAUAAGCAGCAUCCCCAGGGGCAGCAGUGCCAACCUGAUGCACAGGAAUGUGAAGCACAACUCUGAGACAGGCCUUUACCUGGAACAGGUAUGAUGAUCAACGGACUGAGGAUACAAGUGCUAGCCGACUUUGAGAAAUUGUGAAGAAUUUUCGUGUCUUGGAGAUUUGAACUUGUUAGCGGUUAAAAAUAAUUUUUAAAUGUUGACCUACACUGUAGUUGUUUGCUUGUUCAACAGUAUCUUCUUCAGUCUCAACAUGACUCACAACUUUGCCUAUAAUCUAUCACCAUUUUUGUCUUCCUUUGUUUCCAUUCCUUCCUUUUUCUUUUUAAUUUUCUUCAAAUUCUCCUUCAAAAUUAAUAUAGGGAUCCUUUUUUGUGAGUAGUCCGGUAAGUUUCAACUGGAGAAAUAGCAGGGACUGAUAUAUAAUAAUAUUAAUAUAUUUCUUUCUAAACAGUAUUCUUGUUUAUAACUCACCAAACACUUCAAGAAAUUCAUGAUUCGAAUGUGCAAAGCACAGCUGACAUAAAAUGUUUUUAUUUCACAUUUUGGGAUCAUUGUAUACACUGUAAUUAUCCACUAACCAAGGGUACAACAUCUUCAUUUUGUAAUUCUGAAGGCUUCCAGAAACCUAAGUAAUAUGUCUGAUUAAAUUUAAUAAAAAAACUUCUGAAAUAGAUCUUCUGGUUCAACUUUUGAACAAGGUAGCAGGAAACAACCAAAUAAUUUUGCAUCAGACCUAAACAUUUCUCUCUUUCUCCACAGAACGCUCUCAUGGAAAAUUUAAUCAGCUAGUACGCAAAAAUAUUAAAUGUGUAAAAAAAUGAGGUAUUUUACCCACUGCUGAGUGAUUUACCUUUUCUUAUGUCUGAAAAAUGUUGUGAUGUGUUAAUGUGAAGUCACAAAAUAGACUUUUUUGUACUAGUUAGUUCUCCUUUGUUUUAAUUCAAGACGACCUUUUCAGUUUUGUCCCCCCAUGCUAGUCAAAAACAGCUCUUGAGGGCACGGAUUAACAAGUUUGUCAUCUGAAAGCAUGCAAAAAUUGCUGUCAAUUUUUUUCAAAUAAGCCAGGAAAAAGUUACAUGUAGGGCUUAAUAACAAGUAUGAUUUAUGUUCAAAAAUUGGACACACAUAUUUAAGACUAAAAUUAAAAUGAAUUUAAUGAAUAAUUUAUUUGUGAUCAAUUUUUUCUGUGGGAAAUCAAUUAAUUUUUAAAUAAUAUAUUUUGAUGUAUAGAAAUAACAUAAAUUCAUCAUGUUUUUGGCCUUUUGUAGUUAUGCAUAUUUAUUACUCUACUGUUGUUCUGCCGCUAAUUCUUAAAAUUACUUAGAUGUCUACAUUUAACACUAGAAAAUACAAAUGAAAUAAGAUAUCUUGGAGCAAAUUAUCAAAAUUACAUGUAUUUAAAUAUAUGUUAUUUCUAAAUUUUAUUGAAUGAAUAAUUUAUAUCGAUGCAGCAUGACUCCUUUUCAGUAAUUCUAAUUAAAUCUUUAAUUAUGUGACUUCUGAAAAUGUAAACAUCUCUCAUUAUGACUUCUCACAAAUCAUUUAGCAGAAGGUAUUAUUAAGUUGUUAAUAAAUUAAUUUUCAAGUAUUUAAUUAUUUUUUAAACUCUUAUAAAUACAGAUAAAAAGGAAAGAAAAAUCACAUGUUGUGAAGAAGAGGCUCUUUAGACCAAGUUUGGGUUCACAAUUUUUGUUGCCCCUAAACUUUUGCUGCUUUAAGCAUGUGCCGCCUGUGUCUAUGCAUAAAUCUGCCUCUUCCCGAGGGAUACCCUAAGGCUUCCCAUAGAAACUUAUAUUCCCCUGGGGACAAUUCUUGGUGAAAGGCCCCCUUGAGCUCCCGAAAUAUCAUGCUGAGAUAGUCCUGAUAAGAUGGACACUUCCUGGAAAACGGGGAAAUUAGGGAAUUCGUAGAAGAAACAUUAUAAGUCGGUAAAAAUUGUGAGACAGUUGUAUAACUAAAUAUUAACCCUUGAAAAAAUAUUUUAGCAAAAAGAGUGACUCGAUUUUUAUUUGUUAUUGAAAUUUGUACUUUAUCACAGUGAAAUCUGAGAGCUGACAAAUUCAGUAGCUGGGCUUACUUUAAUAUUUCUUUUUUUAAUAGUGUGAAAUACUUUGCAAAUCUUUCAGUGAAAAAUUAAAAAUAUGCACUGGAAAAUUGGGAAAAGUCAGAGAAAUUUGUUCCACAAAAUGAGGCCACUCUUUACUGUUCCCUUGUGGACACUUCUCAGUGAAGCCUUGAGCCAGUUGAGCUUGCCAAAUAUUCUGAGGGAGUCCUGAGGUCCAUCUCAUUUCUGCUCCAGUACAUAUAUGCCAAUGGCAGCAUGUGGGCCCACCUUGGUGUUUGUACCAUUGUUUUAGGUGUAAGAAGCCAGUCCUUCAAUUACGCACACAGUCAGAUUGAUCACAAAUCUCACAGACUCACAGACCAGUCAGGGAAAGGAGUUAUGGAAAGAUUAGCUUUUUCAGAUCCACUGUACUCAAAUGAGGAUGCUAAAUUUAGAAAAUCAAGAACUGAUUAUAAGAAAAUCAGGAAAUUAUCAGGACUGAAAUGAGUAUACAUGAGUACAAAUCAGGAAUUCAAGUCAGUAUUUUAAAUAUUUAAAAAACCUUCAGGGAUUCAGAAAAAAUCAUUAAAAAAAUAAGUAAAUAAAAUCUGAAAGGGGUAAGAGUUGUGAUGUGAUACACUGGGGAGUGGGAAGGUCCUUCCUGACACAAACCAUCUGUAAACAUCCAUGUCUUGCGCAGGAUUCAAACCAACUGCCUUUGUGUCCAUAAACUCGCUUGCCCAAACCCUAGUUCCAUGAAGCCAGCCAACUUUACCACACUACUUAUAAUAGUUAAGUAAAACAAUUAUUAUGAAAAUGGUUUAAUCAAAUUUAUAAAAUUAAUCCCUGUGAGUAAAAUUGACCUUUUUGAUGCACACAUGGACAAUAAUGUGCUUUGCAACACUGAAUCUAUUAUUCUCAGUGGCAUUUAACACUAUUCAUUGCUAUAACAGUAAUGUCAACAGAGUUUAUCUUUAUAUUUAAAACACUCAGGAUUUUUUUAAUUAAAAAGCAAUUUCAGCUGUUUACUAAAUUUUGUAUUUUUUUCUUUAAUGAAAGCUGGUAGGCCCCAGAUUAAAUUGAAUGAACACUUAUUUGCCAUCAUUUAUUCAUUAUGUCAUUUUGAAGACCAUCUACAACGGAACAACAAUACAAAGACAUCCUUGCUCUGUGAAGUUGCAAAGCUAAGAUACAAGUUCAGAAAUUGACUAUUUUUAAAUGCAAAGCUUAGAGAGUCUAAGUAAAUUAAAGCAGUGUCCAGCAAUCAUCUGUAACUAAAAUGAAAACUUUUCAGUGAUUAUAAUUAAAAGUGAUAUAUUACAUUCUUAAAUUAAGAUGAAUAGCAGGAUAUCCUACAGCAGUCCACUACAACAUACAAGUACAUUUGAAUUACAUUUUCAUAAACCUGUUUAACUCACUGUUAAGAAUAUAGUCUUCUUCAUGGUCACCAAGGCUAGAACAAAUUUGUUUACAUUUUGUAGUCAAAAUUAUUGUCUCCAGUGCACUCACAUUAUUGUAUUUUUGCUUUCAUGUAUCAGUCUCUGCAAAAAAUAAGCAAAGAAAGUCCUAAUCAUAAAAAAACAUACAUGAUUUUAUUCACUUAAACAUAAAAAUAAUUAUUGCUAGGUUAUAAAUUGAAAAGGGAAUAUUUUUCAAUUACAUUACUACCCAAUCUUCAUUUUUGACAAUUCUACCCAUAACUUCCUUUGUAUGUCUACCAACAAUCCAUGAAUGUGAACUUGAAAACAAUAAUUGUUCAUAGCAAACUAUAACUAUUUCAGAAAAACUUGAAGGAGUCAUGCAUUUUUCAAUUUGUAUGAAAUUUGGAUACAUUGAAAUUUCAA